UGUUUUGACUUCAUCCGCAAUGUGUUGCAUCCUUCCCCCACCUCUCCGGAAAUUUUCGUCCCCGUCCGUCUUCGGCGAAGGUGCUGAAGAACGUUUCGGUUAAAACUUCACUAAAAGAAAGAAUUAUGUCGGCUUGGAGAGCAGCAGGACUGAACUAUGUCCAAUAUUCCAACAUAGCUGCAAAAUUAUUGCGCCGAGCUCUGAAACCGGAUCUUCGGGCUGAGGCAGCAAAACGAAAUGAGACCAGUAUUCGAUUCACUCCAUGGAAGGACGGCAAGCCGCAGAAGCAUCUGCAAACACCUGCUGCUGAAUAAAUGUGAUUUAUGAAAUUGUUAUAACAUGUAGAACAUAAAAUGCUAUUGUAUAUAUAAUGUAAUAAAUCUUCAAAAGUACAGUUU